UCCCUACACGUGUCUUUCGGGUGUCCUCGAGAGUUAACCUUCGUAAACAUUAACCUCUCAAAAGAAAAACAGGAAUGUAGUCUUAUGAAACCUUCAAAAUGCCAGGAUCUUUGAUACUUUUAUGCAGAUUUCCAGCAAAGCGAUCACUGGAAAGUUUAACAUCUUUAUGCAAACACAGUCAUGUUUUCAACGAAGCUUGUCAAGGAAGACUUCUCCUGCCAAAGGGAAACAACUGUUCUUUUAUGCACAAACAGUUUAUCAGAGGGGCUCGGGGCACAAAACUCGGUCCACAUCAACCUUUUGAGAGUGACAGUUCUCUUCUCAUGAAGCAUUUCCUAUUAACAGUCACAGUAUGUGGUUGCAGUUUCACAGGUGCCAUGAUUUGGGAGUAUGAAAACAUAAAGAAAAAAAUUCAAGCAAUGAAGCAACAAUUGUACUUCAGCCAUGGAGCAUUCAAAAAUCACUACAUAGAAGUUACAAACCUAGUGAGUGGCAUUGUUGUGAUCAAUGCUUUUGUUUAUGUUUUAUGGAAGAUUCCCAGGAUUUAUCCCUUUAUGCAGAGAUAUUUUUUAUGCUCUCCUUGUAAAGAACAGUCCGUCUUGGGGAGCUUUUUUGCGGCCUUCAGCCAUGAGAACUUCCUCCACUUGUUCUGUAAUAUGUAUGUCCUGUUGAGUUUUUCUACUGUCACUCUUAGCAUGUUUGGAAAGGAACAGUUUCUAGGAGUUUAUCUGAGUGGUGCUGCUGUGUCGUCUUUUGUGAGCAUGUGUAACAAGGUUGCCUGGAAGAUUCCAACCCCUUCUGUAGGAGCGUCAGGUGCAAUAUGUGCCUUGAUUGGAGCCACCUGUCUUACCUACCCAGAUAGUCAACUCAGUAUAGCAUUUAUAGACCAGAUUAUCCCACACUCAUUUACAGCUCAGUCAGGUUUACUAGGACUGAUAACCUUUGACACCUUGGGAGUUAUCUUUAGAUGGAGGUUUUUUGAUCAUGCUGCACAUUUAGGUGGAACCUUAUUUGGCAUAUGGUAUAUGAAAUAUGGACAGGAUCUCAUCUGGAAAAAGAGGGAAGCUGUGAUUAAAUGGUGGCAUAACAUGAGGAAGCCUUCAAAAUGACUGCAUUUUUUAAACUAAUAAAAUUGACAUUAUUUAUAGCAUUUUGAAAGUCGUGAGAAAAAAUUUUUUGCAUGUGUCUCUUAAACCUUUGCAUCAUAGUCUGAGGUUGUUAAAUUAGAGAAAAUCAUAUCAGGAAUAUGAGUACUGAUUUGAAGUGGAUGUGAUCUUACUUCUAAAUAUCCCUACACUAAGUGAUGCUCAAAAACAACAAUGAUCAAACAUAUUAAAUUAAUUGAAGAUUUGUUGCAACACAUACAUUUAUGAAUAUUAAUGACCUUGGAACCAAUAAUUAUCCAUUCAGAGUCAGAGAACUACAAAAAAUGGAACUGUGUAGAGAAUAUGCAUCAUAUGUCAAAGAAAUUGUUGUUAGAUCUGUGUUAUAUUUUAUAUUAAAUUUUGUAAAUCAGACAUUAA